AUGGAGAUAAGACUAGAAAUUUUGACAUCAACAAGUAUCAAGCAGAAAAAACCCUGGCCACGAGUCUCCUGGUUGGGACAGGAAAAUGAAGCUGUUUUUCUUUUGGAUGAUAAAUUCAUAAAUGAAAUUAAUUUGCUGUCAGGAAGGACAAAGAAGAAAAUUCCUAGUCUGAAGCCUUUGUUGAAGGAUGUUAUUGUGCUAACAACAUCCAGUAAUGAUGCCUGGCUAGGUGGAGUACUUACUACAGGGGAGCUUUUCCUUUGGAACAAAGAUCAAGAUUGUUUGAAAACUAUACAAGUAACUGAAAAGCCUAAGGAAAUGAUUGAAGCUACAGUAGCAAAUUCUUUGAGACUGUACUUGUAUGUUUCUGGAAAUGGGAAAAGAAUUCUGCUUGUAACACCUUCUGGAUGCAUAUUUCUUUGGGAAUACUUGGAAUUAAAGAAUAUUUUAUAUACUAAAAGCCUUUCAUUGGUGGGUCAGUGGUCCCAGGUCAUACCUGAAAGAACAGUUCUUUUGCCUUCCACUGAAGAUAAAGAAGCUGUAGUGAAUGCUGUUUUUAUAAAAAAUGAGUUAUUUGGAGACUGCUGCUUGUGUUCAUUUACUUUUUAUUCUGGGGAAUGCCUAAAGUUAACGUUUCUAGCAAUUCGGUGGCAUGAGAAUGUAUUUACACCUAUAAGAGCAUUGCCAUACCAUGUUCACUGGGCACAACAAGAAUGCCUUCUGGGUAGUCUCAUUCCUAAAUGUGAAUCGGUAAAGUCAAGAGGAGCUCUAAUUGCUGCCUUUUCAAGAGAUGGCCUUACCCUGGCAGUAACUCUUAAUCAGAAAGACCCCAAGGCAACUCAGGUAUUAUUUAUAAACACACUGAAUUUUGUUACUCUCUAUGGUAGCCUUAAAGGAUGUAGUAGUAAGAAUCCUGUGGUUCCAGCUACUCUUAUCAGGUCCUACUGGGUAGGUGAUAUCAGCUGGACACAUGACAGUCUUUUUUUGGCUUGUGUGUUAAAACGUGGUUCCCUGGUUUUAUUGACUUGCCAAGGUGAAUUGCUAACAUUAAUUACAUCUGGUUGCUCAAUAGAAUUUGGGCCAGCAGAAUUUAUUCCUCUUCAUCCACUAAUAACCUAUCGACCACAGCAGUUUAUGUUUCAAGAUUCAAAUAAUUCUGUAGAUUCAUCAGCUUCUGACAGUGACCCUAUGAGGCAGAGAUUUUCUAUAAAAGCACACUCACGGUUACCCUACCUCAUUAUUUCUGAUGGAUACAUGAUCACAACCCUUCGAUUUCUUGAUAAACUGUCUCCGUCAGUACUCAUGAGAUCACUUCUACUUGAUUCAACCCAGAGGCUUGAGAAAACAUACCGAAGUGUGAUACUGUCUAAGCCAAAGAGCAAAGAGCUGAACUUGCAAUCACUGAAUUCCCUGAGGUCUAGCCUGUUAAAACACCAAGGACAUGAAAGUUCAGCUGAUUCCACUAUCCCCAAAUUCUUGCAAACAGAAGAAACAAUGAAAUUAAAUGAAAAAACAGCAGACUUUCAGGAUUUUGAAGCAGAAGAAACUAAUGAAGGCAGAUACUUUCCAAACAAUUUAUUUCCUUUUUGGAACCAAAAAAAUGAUCUGCUAUUUAGCAAUGUCAAGGAAGGAAGAUUGGAGUUUGCAUCUAUGUUUGAUACGGUACAUGCAAAGGAUGAUACUGAGGAGACAGACAGAACCAUUACAGAACUGCAUUCUAUCCAGAAAAAUCUACUUGCAGCAUGGACUAUAGGAAUUUCAAAAAAUGCAAUAGAGAAAAAUUUAAUGUUAAAUUACACGGUAGUUUGUAUCACUCAUUUUUUCUACAUUCUUCAGUUUAUAAAAUGUCCUUUCCCCAAACUUGAUCUUUUUUUAAGCAAGAGCUCAAGAUAUAAUGCAUGGAUACUUUGUGUCUUUCAACUUUUUCAUCAGUGUUUAUCAAUCCAGUAUUGGGAUAUCAGAUAUAAACAAGAUGUCGGACAUUUGAUAAAGCUGACCUCGAAUACUAUAAAGCUUUUGCUAACUCAACAACAAAAGGGUCAGUUGUUCUCAGAGAAACUUUUAGCCUGUUUUUAUUUACUCAAAAUGGUAGCUGACAAUUUAAAUGAUAUAUACAGUCUCCAACCUGAAGUUGUUUUAGCUUCAGCUGAUGGAGGAAGAACAGCAGUUAAAGAUUCAUUGGUGGUACCUAUUUUUCGAUUGUUUCGAGACAGUGGCUCUCAGGAAAACUGGUCUCAGAACUCAUCUUUUGAGAUUCAUCCUCAAGUAAUAAAUCUUGUGCAACAGCCAGGACACAGAUUGAUUGUUCUCUGGAGAGUAUUAUACAAGAAAACUUUAUGGUAUCAAGCACAAUUAAGCCAAAGAGUUUCUGAAGGUGACAGAGAGUUAACUGAAAAGAUGAGACACGAAGCAUCUACUGUCAAGUCCCUGUUAUGUCAUAUACAGGCUAACUUACAGACUGCUGGAGAUUGCUUGAGCCAAACCUUAGAACUUAAGUCUAUCAAUGGUGAAGAAUGUUUCCUCUUGGGAUCAUAUGAAAAGGCUGUUGAGCUGUGGAAAAAAGCUCUUCAAGAAAUCCAAGAGAAAGUUCCGGAGAAGUCUCACUGUGCAGCUGGGAUGACUGGAAAUGCUCACCCUGAGGCUGCGGUGAGAGUUGUCCGGUCCAUGGCUCGGUUCAUGGCCGCCUAUUUCGCCAAUCAGCAGCUUUGCAUUUUGCCACCUCACAAUGUGAACGUUCUUCCUCCACUUCAUAUUAAAACAGAGCAGUCCCUUCGACUUAUUCCUCUGCAGCAUUCUAAGGUGGCCAGUGUUGUUAGAGAUCAGAAUCUCUCUAAUGUAUGGACAGUGGAAUAUGCACUUGAAUUAUUAUUUAUUGGUGGCCUGGUUCCAGAGGCUGUGUGGUUGGCACAUAAACUUGGAGACUGGAAGACAUCUGUUUCAAUUGGUGUGGCCUUCCAACUGUUUUGUAAACAUGACAGCAAUUUUAUGAGCUCGAUGUUCUUUUCCUGUAGCACAGUGGUAUAUCUUGCAGUUGAGGUGGGCAAGAAAAGUCAUGCAGAAGAUCCCAUUGAAGAAGAAGAUGCAAAUCUGCUAUUUGGUUCAGUGCAAGAAGUACUGAAAGCAUCAGUUAUGGCUGAUGCGGAUAUUCUUUCUGAGACAUUUCAGCUUCUGAUAGACUCUGCCAAGGACUUCAGUAAGAAACUGUGGGGCUUAGUGCCAGUCGGCUUGUAUCUUCCAGCUCCUCCAUUAUUUUGUCCCCAGCCAGCUGUUCUUAGUGAAACUUCCUCUCAAGCUUGGUGUUUGGUCGGUGGGGACCCACGCGGGUUCAACACGCGUAUCCAGAAGUGUUAUUUCUGUUCGGGGCCAGUCUACCCUGGCCACGGCAUGAUGUUCGUCCGCAAUGACUGCAAGGUGUUUAGGUUUUGUAAAUCCAAAUGUCAUAAAAACUUUAAAAAGAAGCGCAAUCCUCGCAAGGUCAGGUGGACUAAAGCCUUCCGGAAGGCAGCUGGUAAAGAGCUUACAGUGGAUAAUUCAUUUGAAUUUGAAAAAUGUAGAAAUGAAUCUGUCAAAUACCAGAGAGAGCUAUGGAAUAAAACUAUUGAUGCAAUGAAGAGAGUUGAAGAGAUCAAACAGAAACACCAAGCCAAAUUCAUAGUGAACAGAUUGAAGAAAAAUAAAGAGCUACAGAAAGUUCAGGACAUCAAAGAAGUCAAACAAAACAUCCAUCUUAUCCGAGCCCCUCUUGCAGGUAAAGGAAAGCAGCUGGAAGAGAAAAUGGUGCAACAAUUACAACAGGAUGUGGACAUGGAAGAUAUUCGAAUGAAAGGGUCCCUUCCUUCAUUGGAUCCUUUCCCUCAGUCGUUACUUAAUUAUUGUACAGGAGGUGUAGCAUUCUUUAUUCCCGGAGCAACUGGAGACCACAAGCUUGAUGAAGUUUCCAUUAGAGUAAUAGGUUGCUUCAGAGAACUUUGUGCUUUGUGUUGGAUGCUGCAUAUCCGAGAUAAGUUAUCCUAUAGUUGCAGGCAAUAUCAGAAAGCAAGAGAAAAUAUAAAGGGAGAAAAGGACCUCGAAGUGGAGUUUGACUCUUGUAUGGUUGAGCACUGUCUCAGUACGGUGGAAUGGGCUUAUAGAAUGCUGCCUUUCUCUCGGUUUUUUAAUAUUGAAGAUCUUAUUCAGGAUAUAAUUUUGAGUCUUAUUGGAGAAUUGCCACCAAUCAGACAGGUAGCAGAAAUUUUUGUGAAAGCAUUUCCCAAUCCUAAGGAUGUAAGAGUUCCUUUAAGAGAAAAAUAUCAUUCUCUUCAACAGAGACUCAAACACUGUGUUGUAAAAGGUCCCCAGACUGAGGAAAUGAUGUCUGUUAUCAUGCAUUCUAUCCAUAAAGUGAGGGCAAAAGCCCUAAAACGUGUGCGGAGAAAUAUAGGUUCUUUUGAGAUGAAUAUAUGGGAACCAAUUGAAGAAGAAAAACCAGAUGAGGCUCCAGGUUUUGACAGGUUUUCCCUGGGGACUAGUUUGAGCAGAAGUACACUCACAGAACUGGGGAAUUCCAUGGUUCACAGUGAUGCAGAUACGGCAGAUACGUUCUCUGAAGUUUUGUUGGUUGAAGAAACAAGUAGGACACAUUUCUAUCAAAGAAAUGCCCUAAAUCAUACGGAAUUAACAUUGAUUGGUAAGCACAGUGAUAAAAAGGGAAUAUGUAAUCAGAAAGAAAACCCUAAAAGGAAAGAAGAUCAUGAAAAGUUAUCACAAAAUACUCUUCCUGUAAUAGGUGCUUGGGAAUUUGAACGUGAUGAUGAUGAAUAUAUUAAAUUCCUUGAUCUCUUCUUGAGUUACGUUCUUGAAAGAGAUCUACAUAGUUCUAGGGAUCUUGGCAUUCCAUUUCUAACCAGCUUUUCUGGGCAGCUUAGAGAAUAUGAGCUUAAUUCUUUACUUUUUGAUGUACAUACAACAUUAAAACGACGUCAGGGCAAAACUAAAAGCCAAAGUGUAUUUAGAGCUGGCUCUUGCUUUGUUGCUGCUCCUGAGUCAUAUGAAUCUGAAAAAUCAUCCUCCUUAAAAGAAGGAUAUGCCAUAAAUAUAGAAAACCAGGCACUUUCAACUUCAGUAACGUUUAACCAAGGGAUCACACCAUUUUUAGAGAACCCUUUGAAUGAAGUCCAUAAAAAUGAAGGAAAGAGUGGAUUGUUUGGUUUAAAACAAAAGUCAAUUUACAGAAUACAAGAUGACAACCAAGAGAAACCUCUAAUCCAGAGAUCAUCAAACAUUUUUUGGACUCCCAAGUCCAUUAAAACUAGAAGAUGUAUUUUCAGAGCAAUUCAGUGUGAUGAUAUUAACCCUCAGGAAGAUCUUCCUGUAGCACUAGAUAACACAUUUGGCAGUAUAGGAAGACUGCUGGAAUGGAUGAUAAGAUGGUCUGAUAGAAGACUGCUCUGUGAUUCUGGUAUAACUGAGCCAUCCUGUGAGUACAGUCCAGUAAUUCGUGUAAAGACCUCUACAGCUGCCAUUCUUACAUCAUUAUGGCUUUUGGAACAACCCUAUUUUGCCUCAUAUAAGGCAAAAAAUGGCAUUAUUAAGGUAGUAGAGAAUCAUUACACUGGGUCUCAGAUUGUUCCCAGUAUUGAGAAGGAGCACAAAACAGAUGCGGGCUGUUCAGUUGCAGUAGCAACUCAAGGUGGAACUGAGGAAAGAAAUGAUCAGAAUAAAUCUUGUCAAAGUAUCUUGAAUAUAAUGCCAACCGAAGCAAAAAAUCCUGAAAUAAGAGAAAUCGAUGAUGAGAUUAUUUCCAUCACUCAUAAUACUGAAAAAGAAUUUAUAGAUAUCAAUGAAGAUCUUCUAGAAGUAGAAACAUUUACACAGCAGGAAAUGGAUAUACACAUAUCAGACUAUGAAGAAGACACCAAAGAACCUGUUGGAGGUCUCAAAAGUCCCAAUAUUGCCAUUUGUACACUGACUUUACCACAACAGUUAGAACAUUCCACAGAAGAGGUUCAGUGUCCAAGGGAAGAAACAUUGGAGACAAAUACGGAGAAAAAAUUGACUGAACAGAAAAGUAUGAUCGAAGCCGUUUCCAAUCCUGAACAUACCAUUCCUCAUUCAUUUUGUGUAGACACAAGUUCAGAAAUAUCUAGUGCACAGAUUUCUACAUUUAAAGACAAAUCUUCUUCAGUUCCACCUCUGGUAUUAAGUGGAGUCAAUGUUGCUUCACAAACAUCUGUUCCAACAUCUCAGAAGACCCAGGGAAAUGAACACAGGGCUCAAUUACCAGAUUCUUCAGAUUCUGUUAGGCAAAUGCUCCAAGAUGAAAUGUUUAAAUUAGUUCAGCUACAACAAAUCAACUUCAUGAGCCUAAUGCAAAUAGUAGGAUCAUCCUUUGCUAAUAUCCCAGAUAUACAUCAACUUCUACAGCAGUCUCAGUCUGUGCAUUUGGGGCAAAGCCAAGUAUCAAACCCCACAGGAGGAGGGUGUGGUGAUGUCGAAGACAGCAGCAGAAAUCUUAAGGAGCGAUUUUUCAUUAAACCACAUUCCAUGGGAGAGUAUACCAGAGAGCCUGGCAAGAACAGCCCCCACUACCAUGAAGGAAUUAUCCAAUCUGAUCAAACUAGUAAUGGAAAUGUACAGAAUAUUCCACGUGAGCGUAUUCCUUUAUGUCAAUUAGAUGGCCAACCUAAAAAGAGAGGACUAACUCCAACAUCGCAAAACUCACCUCCCACUUCAUUUUCUCCAGCUCCUGGAAAUACUCACCUCCACCUUUUGUCUACACCUUCCGUUGUUCAAAAGACACCUAAACUUAUCCCACUUGCAAAAACUUUUAGUCCUAGUGACAGUUUUCCUUUGCUUCAAUUUCAGCCUAAGCAUGAAUUCAAGCCCCUUUGCUUACAUACGGGAAGAGUUCCACAAGUUCCCUUUAGACCUCUGCCACAGCCAAGAGAGGCUUGGGGAUUAUCUGAUUCUUGUCAACCUGCUUUGCCACAGAAAGUAAUGCAUACUACUUCAAUAUCCCAUUUGAAUUUAAGCCAGUAUAAUACUGAAGUCAUAAAAAAAGCAGUUGAGCAGAAGAAAUGGGAAGAAAGUAUAAUAACAGAAAUUCCUAAGCAUGUGAACUUGGAUCAGUAUGUUGGACAAGAAAACUGGACAACUCAGCAGGACUCUUCAAUAUCUAUAAAACCAGAAAAAAUAUUUGAUAUUAAGCCAGGGCCCCUGGAGAUAUCUCCUCACAGUUCCUUUGGACUUCCGUUAUUACACUUGCAACUUAAACCUCCUUAUAUAUUUUCAUCAACCUCAAGAGCAUCAGUUACAGUUCCCUCAAUACCUAUCGGAACUGUUGCAGAAGAAAGAAAAUACCCAAGACUAUCAUUACUUCAUUCAUGUCUGUCCUCAGAAAAUAUGUACAAAAAACUGCAACUUAUCCCACUUGAAAACCUCACUGCAUUUAAACAAAGACAACAGAAACUAACACCUAAUUUAUUUGAACAAGGUGAUUCUGGACAUCUUCAUCUACUAAAGGUCAAAAUAGAGCCAUCUGAAGUAAGACAAGGAAAGGACAGUAAAAAAAGGCAAAGGAGAAGAGCAGAGAAAGCGUUGCAAGAAAAAAGAUCUGAGAAACCGAAGAGAAAACCAAGUGUGACUUUUCGACCAGAGGAUUCCAUCAUUAAUAAUGAUGAUUCAGAAAUCAUUCAGAAACCCAAGGAACAACAAGAACAUUGUGGUUCCCAGCCUUUGGUUGACUUUGACAUUCCUUUUGAAAUGCUACAAGAUGACCUUAAUACUUCGGCUGGAUUGCAUUUCAUGGCCUCUAUAAAAAAGAACGCUAUAGGAAGUCAGGAUGCAAGUACAAAUACAGACCCAGAACAUGAACCUUUGAAUGUUCCUCAGCUGUUGGAUCCAGAUGUAUAUCUAAAUCUCAAGCUUUCCACUGAAAUAUCAGAUAAACCUUUGUCACCUUCAACACCUCAUGCAGUAACAAAUUUGGAAUUGCCUGUCAGAGAAGAGCCUUCAAACGAUUCCGCUAUCAAACAGCAAAGUGAUCGUCCAGUGGUUCCAUCGUCUGCAGAGUUACAUUAUAUGGCAGCUUCAGUUACUAAUGCUUUUCCUCCACACAAUUUUAAGAGUCAAGAUCUGCUGAAACCAGAGUUCCAAUUCAAAGAAGAGAGAACAAGGUCAGACUCGGCAGAAGAUUACCCGUUGUGGAAACUGCUGCAGGACGUCUCUGCCGCUUGCCCUGCACCAAGCCCUGCAGCUCGCCGACUAGAGCAUCUCACCUCUAAGCUUCAGAAAAUUGAUGAACAGCUGUUAGCAAUACAGAACAUUGCUGAAAAUAUAGAGCAGGAUUUCCCCAGGCCUGAAAGGCUAUAUCUGCAUUGUGAUAAGGUUGGACGAGCAGAUCACAUUGAAUUGUCUUCUGGCCCUGAAUUUGAAAAACCAUUAGCUUCAAAAACCAUUAGCAUUUCUGAAGAAGUACAUUUUUUGACUCUUAUGGAUGAGGAAGAUCAAAGUAACAAGGAGGAGACUUCAGAAGUUGAAUUUUCAGUAACAGAACAUCAUUCUAGUCAGAAAACCUGUGUGUUUCCUACUGCCAGUUCAGCUGUCAGCCUUUCCAGUGACCAAAAUACUACUACUCCUGGUAUGAAUAACAGUGAUGAAUUAUUUGAGAGUGUUUCAGAAGAUCCACUCCAGAUGACUGGAUUGACUGAUAUUGCAGACAUUAUUGAUGACCUUAUAACUAAAGAUGGAAUUUCCAGUGAGGAACUUGGCCUAACAGAACAACAAGCCAGGAAUAUCUCCAGAAUUCAGCAUUCUUCUGGCAGACAUCCACAAAGAACUGAGAAGGAGAGAAGAGAGAUUCAAGUCUGGAUGAAAAGAAAACAAAAAGAAAGAAUGGCAGAGUAUCUAAAGCAGCUGGCAGAAAAGAGAAGGCAAGAACAUAAUCCUUUCUGCCCUAGAAGCAAUCCAUUUUACAUGACUUCAAGGGAAAUCAGACUGAGACAAAAGAGGAAGCAUGAAAAAGACAGAUUGCUGCUCGCUGAAAACUUUAGUCGUCGAAUCUCACAAGCAUAUGGUCUGAUGAAUGAGCUGUUGUCUGAAUCAGUACAACUACCGAAACCAUUGCCUAACAAACCCAGCACAACUCAACCGUCCAGAUGGCAACGCUGCCCUUCUCCAAGAGGAGAGAAUCAACAUGGUCACAACUGUCCAUUAAAUCGACCUAGAAAAGUCAGAUAUAUAACCAAACCAAGUUGUACCCAUAAGGGAAAACCUUCUGGGCAACCUCAAGGCUCACCUUGGUCACGUGGAACUGCCACUUUUACCAUACAGAAAAAAGCUGGUGGAGCCAAAGCAGCAGUAAGAAAGGCUGUGCAGUCUCCAGUUACCUUCCAAAAAGGCUCUAAUGCUCCAUGUCGAAGUUGGCAGCAUACAAAAAAGCGUGGAUGUGCUGGGCUUGUACCUCAAACCAAGCAGGAGUGUGUAGAGUAUGAGAGAGAGGAGACUGUGGUGAGUCCCUGGAUGUUACCCUCAGAAAUCCGUAAGAUCCUCCAUGAGAGUCACAAUUCCCUUCUACAAGACUUGUCACCAACUGAAGAGGAAGAGCCAGAGCCUCCUUUUGGGGUGGGUGGCAUGGACAGCAUUUCUGAGAGCACUGGCAGCAUCCUCAGCAAGCUUGACUGGAAUGCCAUUGAAGACAUGGUGGCCACUGUGUAGAACAAGAGCCUGAGUGUCCGCUGUGCCCUGGACCUGUAAGACCUGGAUAUCAUUCUGUUUCCAAGCACAGGCCAGCACCUCAGUAAUGUGGUUCUGAAAGAUUUGUGGGUUUGAGAGAGAGAAGCAAUGGGAAUUUACCACCUGUAGCCACAUUAUUACCUGGAUUAGCCAUUUUAAGAGGGAAAAUAAAC